UUUUUUUUUGUCCUUUUGAUUACCUUUUUAUUAUAGUUAUUUGAUAACCUUGGGAUGCGACAUUUAUUUGGAAAAGAACACAAAGAACAAAAAUCAAUUAAACUUUUGAAAAAACUACAACUUGAAGAAGAUCAAAAAUGGCAAGAAGAAUUGCAACGACGUUUGGAACAAGAAGAAAAAGAUGCUGCUUUUGCUCGUGAAUUACAAGAACAAAUGUCUGCUGAAGAAUCUACAACUACACCAACAACAAUAACAACUACUAAUAGUACUACAACUAACAUAUCACCAGUCAGUAGUCCAAUAGCAAUGACUUCCUCUUCAUUGUCUUCUCCACCUCCUUUGCCUGUUAAGCCUAUCGCAUAUCAUUCAGAACCCUCUUCGUCUACUUCAUCCAAUAGCAGUAAUAUCGAUCAUCGCUCUCGACCUCAAGUAGGAUCUUCAUCAUCGACUGCCCAACGUGACGUCCCUCCUCCUCCAUACCAAAACGGUCAACCAAAAUUACCUCCACGAGAAAGAACAGUAUCCCAAGUGUCACAGUAUAUACCAUCAACUCCCAACUUUUCAUCGAAUACAUCUACAGCAGCAUCAGCUCCACCACAACCAACAACUUCACGCGUUACUCAACAAGAAUGUUAUCGACCUGCUCUCAAUACUGCAGUGACUCCAGGUAUUGGUCACCAAGUAUUGAAUCCCCAACCUUAUUAUCCUGGAACCCCACAGCCUCAAAGUCAAGUCUAUCCAGUUUCCACUCCUCAAAUACCACCAACUACACCAAUGCCACCUACUACUUAUGUCGAUCAACAUCAUCCUCGUCGUGAUCCUGCCAUGUUGAUCAUACCACCUCGUAAGGAAAAACAACCUUCUCACAACUACUCUCCUGUCACCACAACUGUAUCCAGUACGAUACCUAUGCCUGAACCAACGCGUACCAAUUCACCGUUCUAUUAUUCCACAACUUACUCUUCUUCGUCUUCCUCUUCCAACUUGACUUCAACUCCAAUGAAUACAACAUCUCGACCAUCGUCAUCGUCAACAUCAGUAGCAGCAGCAGCAGCAGCAACAACAACAACAACAACAACGGCAAUAAUAGAACCUCAGCGUAUACAUACACCAGCACCUAUUAACAAUUUUCAUUCUUUACCCACAACCAACGCUAUUUCUUCACAUACGAUGACCAACUCAGCAAUACAUGUUUCGCCAAAAAUAACAAAUAGUCUACCAGUCACGAACUCGUAUUUGAUACAAUCUGGACUCAAGCCUGAUCAAAAAAUGGAAAAUCACAAAGAAGAAAGUGACAAUAGAAAGAUGCCAUCAAAUAUGAUCUUACCCACAAAGACAUUAGAGGGAACGAACAAUGAUAAUGUUGACGAUGACGAUGAGGAAGAAGAAAAUGGAUCUUUGGUCUGGGAACGAAAUGAUGGACGUAUGAUGUCUAGUACUCCAUCUACCAAAUCUGCUACCGUUACUACCACCACCACAGCCAUGUUGCAUACCAACGAAAAAACUGCCUCGACUUUUGAUGGGAUUGAUCAUCAUGAAAAACAUAUUGUUACUAAUGAAACGAAUGAAGAUUAUGACUCUGGAUCUGGAUCUGAUGGCGAGGAGGAGGAUGAUGAUGGACAUGAUGACGCGAUCGAUCCGUUUGAUAUCAAUGCCGACGAUAAUGUGAUUAUUCAUCAAUAUACCAAAUCAACACCAACACCACAAUUCUAUGCCCAAAAUAACAAUGAUGAUAAUGUCGAUCCGUUUGCUGAUACUUUUGCUGUGGACUCCAACAAGUCAGAAUAUUUACUUCAUGAACGAUCAAAAUCAGCUGGUGUCAUCGAUGUUAAGCCCAUGUUUCAAAUGAACAACAAAACAUCCACCAUUGCCAAGGUUCAUGAUCCACUAUUGAUGAGGGCGACUGGUGCUACAUCUUCUUCUCAACCCACAAGACCAGCAUCCACACUUCCAUGGACCUCCACCUCUUUCGCUUCAUCUUCAAUAACUCUAUCGACUACAACACCAUCUAUUGGUUCCACCAUCCCAAGACCUGCAUCUGUAUACCAACAUCCUUUACAUCAACAAAAGAACGAUGAUGAAGAUGAUUUGAUUACUCUGGACAGCGAUGAUAUUCAACCUGUGAUACCUACCAAUGUUUUACGUGCUGGUGCUCCUCCUAAUCUACAAUCUAUGAUCAAUCAAGUAACGGCUGAAGGUAAAGGAGGAAAAAGAAAAAAAAAGAAAGAAAAAGUGAUAAUAUAUUAUUCGUUGUUAACUCCUUUUUUUUUUUUUCUGUAUUCAGUUCCAUCGAAUGAAUUUGGAUAUUAUCAUUAUCAAACAGAUAAACCUGGAGGAGAAAAAGAAGAAAUAGAAGAAAUCAUUGUCAAAGCAUUACCAAAGCUACCAAAAUGUAAGUAUAAAAGAAACUGGAACAGUUUCAUCAUACACUUUUUUUUUUUUUUACUUACUCUUUUAUUGAUAGCUAAUCCUGAUCAUCGACAUAUCACUGUACCAAGUGUGAUUGAAAAUCAACGAGUUUGGAUUCGUGUACAUCCUACAGAUACAGGCAAAGCAUUGGCAUCUCGCAUUCAUAUUGUAGCCACCUAUAAGACUCGUAAAAUUCUCAGUAUCACUACUGAUAAAGGACGAAAUAUCCCUCUGGACGAAACACCUGUUUUCACUGAUUGGGCUGGUGUGAUGGAAAUGGAAGAUGGAGCUCCUUGGAAAGUGGAAUGGACUGUCAUGGAUCAUAAUCUUUGGGAAGGACCAAAAGAAUUCUUACGUUACUUGAAGACAUCUUUACGCUCUUGAAAUGAUUUUUCCUUAAUAUAUAUUAGUUUAUUUAAUACACACUCUUUUAUCAUUUUCUUUUAUAUUAUUAUUAUUAUUCACAUUUCAUUUCAUCAUAUCACUUUAUAUAUAGUUUUGUAGUCAUAUCAUUGUUUUUCAAUAAAAAGAAACAUUUUUUUUCUAACAUCA